AAAACGCUGUCCUUUAGAUGACGCGAACUAUUUUUCUGCGGUUUCUUUCGCCGAUUCCGAGAAGGCGUUGUUUCACGUCGAGAAUCUGGCCGGAGGAAGAUAACUACGUCACAAUUCUGCGGCGGUGCGCAGAGACAGGCGAUUUGUGCGGCGGACGAGUUCUUCACGCUCUUAUCAGGCAUGGCAAGCUGGAGGAGGGUCUUGAGGUUUUUGAGCAAUGUCCUGGUAAAGACAUAGUGACAUGGAAUGCAGUGAUGGCUGGCUAUAUGCAGCAUUCUGUAGAAGAGGUUCCAUGGUUUUGGUACCGGAUGACGUGUGAAGAGAGUAAUGUCAAGCCAGAUAACUUCACAUUUGCCAGUGUUCUUACAGGGUUAGCAGCCCUUUCUGAUCUACAAAUGGGGCUACAAGUACAUGCCCAGCUUGUUAAGCUAGGUCAUGGGUCUGAAAUCUCUGUUGGAAAUGCUUUGACUGAUAUGUACAUAAAGAAUCAAAGACCGAUCGAUGGGUUUAGAGCUUUUGAGGAGAUGCCUGAAAGAAAUGUUUGCUCGUGGACUCAGAUUGCUGCCGGGUGUCUGCAAUGCGAGGAACCUGGCAAGGCGCUUGAAGUUAUUUCGGAAAUGAAGCAGGCGGGUGUAAGGCUUAACAGGUUCACUCUGGCUACCGCUCUAAAUGCCUGUGCAAGUUUAGCCUCUUUAGAGGAGGGGAGGAAAUUUCAUGGACUAAGGAUAAAACUAGGGAACAAUGAGGUUGAUGUCUGUGUGGACAAUGCAUUGCUGGAUAUGUACGCAAAAUCUGGGUGCAUGGAAGGUGCAUGGACCAUUUUCAGAUCUAUGGAAGAUCACAACACAAUUUCAUGGACCACGAUGAUAAUGGGUUGUGCUCAGAAUGGCCAGGCUAGAGAGGGGCUUGAGAUCUUUGAGGAGAUGAAGCAGAGGGGUACGCAGCCAAAUUACGUAACCUUUAUCUGUGUUCUUUAUGCUUGUUGCCAGGGAGGGUUUACAGAAGAGGGCUGGGAAUAUUUCGCUUCCAUGACCAAGCAUGGUGUUACUCCUGGAGAUGAUCAUUAUGUAUGCAUGGUGAAUUUGUUCGGGCGAGCUGGUAAGAUAAAGGAAGCCGAGGAACUGAUUUUGGGAAUGCCAUUUCAGGCAAGUGGGAUGGUGUGGCAAGCUCUGCUCGGUGCCUGUCUCGUUCAUGGAGAUCUGGAGACAGGAAGGAGAGCGGCAAGUAAAGCCAUGACUUUGGAGAAAAGGGACUCUUCAAGUUAUGUGCUCUUGUCAAACAUGUUUGCCAGCAUGUGCAGUUGGGAUAAUGUGGGGACUUUGAGAGAUUUGAUGGAGACAACCAAUGUCAAGAAAGUGCCUGGAACCAGUUGGGUUUGAUGGUUCUUGCAUGUAUGAUAGU